AGGAAGGAGCUAGAAAAUAGCCAUUGAUUGCUUUAAUAAAAAAAAAAUAGCCAUGACCUCUCCCGCUUCUAUAAAAUCGAAAAAGCAAACCCAAAUUGAACACCAAAACAAAAAAAACAUGGCGCCAAAACCAAAAAACUCCUCAAUCUUCAUCGGUAACUGCCAAAUUACUGUCGAAGCCACCACUUUCACCUGCAAUUCCACUUCCAACGAUCUCUUAAUCACUCUCCCUCGUAGCGGAAAGAUCAAAGUAUCUGAUGUUUCUGGUAACCAUAAAAACGCUUCUGAAGAAACUGAACGAGAGUUUGUGUUGCUUAAUCCUAAAGAUGUUGAUGAUAUUAGCAAAGGAUACAUUCAGGAAGUAUUAGAGAUGUAUAUGACAGAGCUACCUGGAAUGAAUUAUGCUGCGAAUACUGGAAAGCAAUCGAAGUUUCUUGAGAGAUGUGUGACUAAUGGGAAAUAUCGAACACUACUUCUGAAGUCCAAUUUGACCGGAGAUUUAGGGAAGGUUAUUGCUGCAAUUACUUAUCAAAUCAUCCCUGCAGAUACCCAAUAUGCAGAGAUCCCACUUGCAGCUGUCAAUGCAAUCUAUCAACGGAAGGGUAUUGGUCAUCUGUUGUUUCUAGAGCUACGGAAGAGACUUCAGAAUGUUGGCAUUCGCUCCAUUUUUUGUUGGGGAGACAAAGAAUCUGAAGGAUUUUGGCUUAAACAGGGUUUUUCAUCAAUAGCACAGGUGGAUACAAAAGGUAGAGCCCGCAGGCUACCUGUAAAAGCUGAUAUUCGCAAAGCAUUAUGCUUUCCUGGUGGUUCGACUCUCAUGAUUUUACACCUAAGGAAGGAAUUGUUGGAGGACAAUUCUAACUCUGGGAAGUGUCUCCCCUCACAGCCUCAUCAGAAUUCCUUUACACCUGCAAUUGUUGAAAAUGAGGGGCCUGAAUCCUCAGGGGAACCACUCAUUAAUUUGAAAACUUCCCGUAGAACAGGCACAAAUCAAAGUAAACCUAAGGCUUUGGUAAAAGUUGGAACUUCACGAGGACAUGGAAAACUCAGUGGAUUUGACAGUCAGAAUCCUAAGAACUGCUGCAAUGACACUGUUGCUUCUGCCAGAGCAAAUGAUGAUAGACAAACAAGUGGUGCAGAUUGUUCCCAGGAUGGAAAUAAUGCUAAUGUAGCAAAUUGUUCUCAAUCUACAAAAGUUGCAAAGAGGGCCUGGGAAGCUUCUUCAUCCUCGUUGAAAUCAAAGAGAGUGAGAGGAAGCCAGAUAGCUGACUGUCAUUCAGAUUCUAGCUGGGGUUUUGUCUCAGAGGCUGAUAGGACCAAUCCUUGUUCUUUGGAAGCCCCUCAUUGCAAUACUGCAAUUACAGAGAACUCAACAAAAUGUAUUGGAGACCAUAUGCAUGUAGAAGCUCCCCUCAGCCUAAAACUGCAAUCAACUAAACAAUGCUUUAGAAUCAUGUUGAUGAAUAUCACUGAUGAUGCUAAGAAAACACAGCUUGCAAAGGUGAUUGAAGACCUUGGUGGCACUAUUGCCUCUGAUGGAAGCACAACCACACAUGUUGUCACAGGACAAGUGAGAAAAACUCUGAAUUUCUGUACCGCCCUCUGUUCCGGUGCUUGGGUGGUAUCAUCAAGUUGGUUAAAAGAAAGUUUUCGGAAAGGCAGAUUUGUUGAUGAAUCACCUCACAUUCUGAAUGAUAAGGAUUAUUUGUUGAAGUAUAAUUCAGAUUUAAGAAGUGCAGUUUUCCGAGCAAAAGCUUGUCCCCGUGCUUUGUUUAAGGGGUAUAAUAUAUGUAUUGCAGCUAAUGUUGGAACUUCUGCAAAAACUCUGUCUGCUAUUGUUAGGUCUGCUGGUGGUAAUGUUAUUAGUGGACUCGAAAAAGUAAAUGAAGGAUCAACAACAAUCUUUGUGACUUGUGAAGAAGAUAUUGAAGAAGCAAUCAUGGCUUCAAAGAAAGGUAUAAGGACUUUCAGCAGUGAGUGGUUUAUGAACUGUGUCAUGAGACAAGAGCUUGACUUGGAAGCCCCCCAAUUAAUAGAGUCCUUAUGAAGAUAUUAACAUUCAUUUUGGUAUGUAUAGAAGAAUAUUUAUGUUUCAUCUAAAAUUUAAAUAAAUGACUACUUUUUUUUUAGCACAAUAAGAGCUUGUUAGCAAGCAUGUUCUUUGCAUGGAGGAUGGUUUACUGGAUUAAAUCUCAAACUAGGUUUCAAAAGAUACUGUAAUUGGGCAUAUGUUAGCUUUUGCAAUGAUUUUUUCGAUUGGAAAACGUAUAA